GCCAUUUUCUGAAGUUUUCUUGCUUGUAUAUCCUCUUUCUCUAGUUUUUCUUUUCAAAUGCUUCUCAAGUUCUUAUCUUCUAUCAUCCUCGUUGCUGUUACCGCCUUGCCUCUAUCGGCAAUGGCCACAGAAUGUGGUGGCGACCAACAUACCCGAGAUGAGUGUUACAUGAAGAUUGCGUUGGAUUUCGCCAAGAUCCACAAUCCUCGAUUCCCCUUCGGAGCCCUUAUUGUUGACCAUGAGCAAAACGAGAUCUCAUGCUACGGUGCCAAUAGCAAUAAGAAGAACAAGCUCCUUCACGGUGAAACGGCUGCAUUCUGGAACUGUACCGAGAUGUACCCCUCUCCAACCAACGAUGAUAUGUUCAAUCCUGGUCUUGAUUGGUCCAAACAGACUUUGUACACUACUGGAGAGCCCUGUCCGAUGUGCGCUUCUCAAAGCAUUUACCGCGGUGUUUCUCGCGUGGUCUGGGGAACUUCUAUUCCCGAUAUCAACCGCAGCGGUAGACAGCAAUUGAUCAUCAGAAUGCAAGAGGUGGUUGACUCCGCCCGACUUGGUGGCUAUCAAAUCGAUCACCGUGUACCUGAACUUGUCGGCGGGGUGUUGAAGAAGGAAUGUGACGAUGCUUUCUUCAACGCCUUCUCCGUGUUCCGUGACGAUGAUUAUCUUAAGAGCAUGCAUGCCCAUGGAGAGGAGGAUUAUUUGGAGGAGCAUGGGCUUGCUGGUCACCGACAAGAGUUGUAAUAUAAUAAUUCUGUUAUGUAUCACACUUGUCAUCUACAUGUACAUAUGGUUCGCAGCCACUCCAUACAAAAUCACGCUGUAAAUAAAGUAGUUAUGAGGUAUUAA